UGCAAUUUCAUAUUUCUAUCUUAGGAAAAGAAUAAUUUGAUGUAAUAAUUUUACCGACAGAUGCCCUUGCUGUUAGUUCAGGGAGCGAAAGUGUUCGUAUAGUGUGUGUGACAUGGCUACGAAUAAUACAGAAGAAAUUGAGGAAGUAGAGAGGAAGGAACAGGAGGUAGUAAAUUUCGAUGAAUUUCCACCAGAGGUUUUAAUUAAACACCCACUCCAACAUACAUGGACACUUUGGUACUAUGAACCAGAUAGAAACAAGUCAUGGGAAGAAAGUCAAAGAAAAAUUACAAGUUUUGAUACAGCUGAAGAUUUCUGGAGCUUAUAUAAUCAUAUAAAGCCUGCAUCAGAAUUAAGACAAGGAUGUGACUAUAGUAUGUUUAAACAAGGGAUCAGACCUAUGUGGGAAGACGAUGCUAAUAAAUGUGGUGGAAGAUGGCUUAUAAACUUAGAUAAGAAACAAAGAAGUAUAGAUUUGGAUCACUAUUGGUUAGAAACACUUUUAUGUAUGAUCGGUGAAGCAUUUAAUGGAUAUUCUGAUGAUAUUUGUGGAGCUGUUGUGAAUGUGAGGCCAAAAGGAGAUAAAAUUGGUGUAUGGACUACAAAUGCUAAUAAUGAAGAUAGUGUUAUGGAAAUUGGGCGUAAACUGAGAGAAAGAUUAAAAUUUGCCUCAAAAGUUAUGAUAGUAUAUCAAAUACAUAAAGAUGUUAUGGUUAAAGCAGGAAGUCAAACAAAAAAUGCAUAUACUCUCUAAAUGCUAUUUUAAUGUCGCUCUUAAUUAAAAUUGAUCAAGUAACAUUAAAUAUGCAUUAAUAAAUAGGGAUAUUAUAUAAAAUUUGGAAUACUACAUCAAAAAUUAAGUGAAGAUACAACAGAAAUUUUUGAAAGAUCACAUUUUCAUUGUAGUUAAAUAUUUUCUUAAUGAAAAUCAUUAAAAAAACUGAAUAAAUGUAUGAAAACAAAUUUAUACUACAACGGUUUAAAAAUUUAUAUUAAUGUAAUAAUAAAUAAUUUAAAAUUAGAGUAUAAAAGGUACGCACAGGCUGCUGUAUUUAUAACAAGAUAGAUCAAGUAUACAAAUAAUUACUGAUGUAAAAAAUUUCCAUUAAACUGCUUUCCCUAUAAA